AUGGCAGACCUUGCUUCAUUGAGUGAGAAGAAUCUUGUGGAGACGUUAGAACAAGCGAGCAACCCUCAACACAUUGGAUCUCAGGUUCAGAAAGCUGCAGAACAACAAUUAAAAGACUGGUGCGUGCAUUCAGGAUUUCAUUAUUUGUUACAAUCGAUAUACCUUGAUCUCUCAAACUCAUUACAAAUUAGAUGGCUCGCAGUUAUUCAAUUUAAGAAUGGUGUAGAAAAGUUUUGGAGAGCUACAAGAAUAAAUGCAAUAAAUAAGGAUGAAAAGGCUUCAAUUAGAGAGAGGCUGUUUAACUCGAUAACUGAACAGAACAAUCAACUAUGCAUACAAAAUGCACAGGCCACUGCUAAGAUUUCCCGUCUGGACUUUCCAGCAGACUGGCCGAAUCUAUUUGAGCAACUCGAACAGUUGUUGAACAACGAGGUAAUUUUGAGCGACACCGUCAAAGUUUACAACAUUCUUACUCACAUAAACCAAAUUAUCAAAGUUUUAGGUGCUGCGAGAAUAGGCAGAUGCAAACCCGCGAUGCAGAGUAAGGUUCCAUUGAUAUUCCCGCUCAUUGUUCGAAUAUACAUUAAGUCUUUCGAAGAGUGGACAACAUCUCCACAUGCUCAUGCUAAAGAUUUUACAAAAUUUCAAGUUUCGUAUCUUGCACUUAAGGUUUUAAGAAGAAUUACUACAGAAGGCUAUGAACGUCCCUAUGCGGACGAAACGGUUUGUGAGUUCAUGAAUGUAGCAGUCACUCACUUUCAGCUGUUAAUAUCGAAUCAACAGAAGUUUAAGGAGUUCGAUAUCUACGAAAAGUUCAUCAGAUGUUACGGGAAGCUUUAUUAUAACUUGAUUAUCGGAGCACCUGCAAAUUUCAUUUUAUUACCAUGUUCUACACAGAUCUUGAUUACCUACACAAAACUUUUAUUCGAGAAGGCUGCUGAUGUUUAUAGCGAAAACUCAGAUCUGAACGGCGAUUUUUGGGAGCAAACUGCAAUUAGAGGAUUUCUGAUAUUGAAGAGGGUUAUCAACUUUUUGAAUAAAAAAGGUGCUAUAACUCUGAAAGCUAGAAGCGAUAAAGCAGCCAUUGAUGCAUCCAUCGCAAGAAUUAACUCUGAAUUUUUAAACGAGCAGUUGAUAAAAAAUUUAGUUGACACUUUGAUGAAAUGGUACUUGAAAUUACGUCCUUCAGAACUAGAAAAUUGGUUUAUGGACCCGGAGGAGUGGAUCAAUGAACAAAUGUCUACGAGCUAUGAAUAUCAAAUAAGACCUUGUGCCGAAAACUUUUUUCAAGAUUUGAUCAACACCUUUCCCACAUUCUUAGUUCCAUAUCUGCUGAAUAAAAUUGAGAAUGAGGCUGCGCAUUUGUCAAAUUCGCUAGAAGAUUUUUUGAUGAAGGACGCCAUUUAUUCAAGCUUUGAACUUAGUGCCGCGGCUGUAAGUGACAUGGUAGAUUUUGAUACAUUAUUAGUACAAGUUUUUUUACCAGAGGCAACUGCACAAGAUAAACCUAAAGAUCAAAUGAAGAUUGUUCAGAGGAGGGUUUGCCUAAUUAUAAAUGAAUGGAGUAGCAUUAAAUGCUCUGAAGAAAGCAAGCAACUCUGUUAUCAAUUUUUCUCUGAUUUAUUACUCAAAGAAGAGGACAAGGUUGUGCUACUGACAUGCGUGAAAUCUUUAAGGACCAUGAUUGAUGAUUGGAAUUUUAACAAGGGAACUUUUGAACCUUUUUUGAAUAAGAUAGUCAACAUUUUACCGAAGAAGCUGCUACCAUCCGUGUGUUUGACUGAAACAAGAAUGUAUAUUUUGAAUACGUUAAGUGACAUUAUCAUUCAAACCAAGCCGCUGAUUGAUAAAGAUGUCUUGCUAGAAAUUCUUCAGCUUGUACCAAAUUUGUGGGAAAUAUCCACCACCAAUCCUACAGAGGCUAUUCUUUCCAAUGCAUUACUCAGGUUACUUAGGAACCUUGUGACUUCUCUAGGUCCUCAAUCAUAUCUUACCUGGUCCAUCUCUUUAGCAGUGGUUGCAGACGCAUGUAAUCCGUCAUCUUCUAACUAUCAAUUAUUGAAUGAAGAUGGAUACGAGUUGUGGGGAUCUCUCUUACAAAACUAUUCGAGCAGUGAAUCAAAAUUCGAUCAGGAAUUCUAUAAACUGAUACCAUUUUUAGAAUUUGGAAUAGAAACUCACACAGAAAUAUUACCUACUUUACUGGAAAUCAUUAAAAGUUAUUCGUUAAUAUUGAAUACUGCAGAAUUUUUUUCGUUUGAGGUUUUCUCGCAAAUCUUUUCUCAAGUAUCAAAGUAUCUUCUAAAAUUGAGAGAUGAUUCAUUUCAUUUGAUUUUAGAAAUUUGGGAGAUUUUGAUACUAUCAAAUGAAUCCGAUUAUGAGGAACCAUUACUUCAAUAUUUUCAUAAUAAUGGCGUUCUGCAUUGUCUGUUUGACAGCAUUUUUAAAGAGGAGUCUCUAUCGAGCUACCAAUGCGGUGAAAUAUUACAAAAUGUUUCUAGAAUAUCGUAUGUUAAUCCACAAGCUUUAAUGGAUUCGCUUGCAGUGUACUAUCAAUCUCUCCCAAACGAUAUUACAAACCGUUCUUUACCACUCAAUGAAAGAAGGGUUGUUCAUCAAAACAUGAGUUUUGAUCAAAUUGCUCAAAGAUUUUUGUCCAUUUGGCUUGUUUCUUAUAAGGACGUGUAUGAUCCCAAAUUCCGGAAAGUCCAUGCUUUAGGCAUUUCCAGUUUACUAAGAACGGGUUUGGUAUCAAUUUUAUCAGAGUUCCCUUUAAUUGCAUCAUUGUGGAUCGAAAUAUUGGAAGAAAUCAAUGAAACUAAUAAUGGUGAUUGUGAAAAGUAUCACCUGAACGAUGUUGUGACACCCCAAACAAUUAGCUAUCAUCCAUUGAACUCCGAACAGCUUAGAGAAUAUGAACUCUCAAAGAAUAAUGAUCCGGUUCAUAAUAUAAGUUUGAGAGAAUUUAUUGCGCAAACCAUGCGCUUUCUGGAACAACAUUUGGGCUCUAAGUAUAAUGAUCUACUAAACAAUGUAGAUCCAAAAAUAAUGGAAAAUUUACAACUUUUUCUAACCAUAACACCGCAAAAUUAA